AUGAAGACUUCGAUAAAGACAUCCACAUCAUCGAUGACAGCCGUACCGAAGCCUCUUAAAUUCCUUAGACCGCACUAUGAGACUUUGACGAACUUGCACGAGGAGUGGCCCGCUGGCGACAGCAAGACGUCCCUCGCCGAUGUGCUCUCCGUCAUAGGCAUGACGUUUUCCGACGAGGACCGACAAGAUACCCUCAAAUACCGCCUCCUUGCGCCCACAUCUGACAUUGGCUCUUGGGGUCACGAAUACGUCCGCCACCUAGCGCUGGAAAUUGGAGAGGUCUAUGUCAAGCGCGUCACCGCUGAUGAGCCAACCAAGGAUCUCCUCGAUCUUGCCCUGACCCUUGUACCUCUGUUCAUCCAGAGCAACCAGGAUGCGGACGCGGUAGAUCUCAUGAGCGAACUCGAGAUCAUCGAUCAGAUGCCCAAUUACGUCGACGAAAACACAUAUGUCCGUGUCUGCCUGUACAUGGUCAGCAUGGUCAACCUCCUCACCUACCCCGACAACGAACAGUUUUUGCGCACCGCCCACAAGAUCUACCUGGAGUAUAAGCAGUAUGCUCGCGCCAUGGUCUUGGCCAUCCGCCUCCACGAUUACGACUUAAUCCGCUCCACCUUUGUCAAGGCCGAGGAUCCUGUCCUGCAAAAGCAGCUUGCUUUCCUUAUUGCUCGCCAAAGAAUAGCACUGGAGCUGCCUGGCGACGAGGACGAGGAGCUCAACAACUGCUUGUCGAACCUGAAGCUCGCCGAAUACUUCAAAUCGUUGGCUAAGGAGCUGAAUAUCCUGGAGCCGAAGACUCCUGAAGACAUUUACAAGAGUCAUCUCGAAAGCAGCCGUGUUGCUGGCAUGACCAAUUUGGACUCUGCCAGACACAAUCUGGCUUCCGGCUUUGUCAAUGCCUUUGUAAAUGCAGGCUUCGGCAACGACAAGAUGAUGCUUGUUGACAGUGAGAAGGAGACUUGGGUAUGGAAGACUAAAGACAAUGGUAUGAUGUCGACUGUUGCGUCUAUGGGAACUCUGUUGAUGUGGGAUAUCGAGAAUGGUCUUGAUAAGAUUGACCGUUACACAUACUCCAACGAGAAUGAGAUCUCUGCCGGAGCCAUGCUUGCUAUCGGCAUUAUGAAUUCCGGGGUUCGUGUGGAGUCAGAGCCUGCCUUGGCGUUGUUGGCGGACCUCGAGAAGAUCGAAGGGCCUAAUACUCUCGUCCGCACCGCCUGCAUCAUGGGUCUUGGACUAUCUUACGCUGGGUCUAAUAAGGACGAAAUCCUCGAGACACUCCUACCCUUCAUCAAUGACUCUUCCCAGGAAAUGCAAAUUUCAGCCAUGGCUGCCCUUGCCUGCGGCAUGGCCUUUGUUGGGUCUUCUCACCCCGAAGUCAGCGAAGCCAUCAUUACCACUCUCAUGGACGAUGACCGCAAGAACCAGCUCACUGAUAAGUGGACUCGAUUCCUCGCACUUGGUCUUGGUCUUUUGUUCUUUGGCCGUCAAGAAGAAGUCGACGUUAUUCUCGAGACUCUCAAGGCCGUUGAGCACCCCAUGGCCAAGCCCACGGCUGUAAUGGCCGAGAUUUGCGCCUGGGCCGGUACCGGUGCCGUCCUCAAGAUUCAGGAGCUGCUGCACAUCUGCAACGAGCACCAGGAAGAAUCCGAGGAGAAGAAGGGUGACGAGCUCCUCCAGGCUUACGCUGUGAUUGGUAUCGCUCUCGUUGCCAUGGGAGAGGAUGUCGGCCAAGAAAUGGUUCUGCGCCAGUUUGGUCACCUUAUGCACUAUGGCGAGCCCAACAUUCGCAAGGCUGUUCCUCUUGCCAUGGGCCUCAUUAGCCCCAGCAAUCCCCAGAUGAAGGUUUACGACACCCUGUCACGAUACAGCCACGAUACUGAUCCCGAAGUUGCGAUCAACGCCAUUUUUGCCAUGGGUAUGCUCGGUGCCGGCACCAACAACGCCCGUCUAGCACAGCUCCUCCGCCAGCUCGCUGGCUACUACCACCGCGACCAGGACGCCCUCUUCAUGGUCCGUAUCGCCCAGGGCCUGUUGCACAUGGGCAAAGGUACCAUGUCGAUCAAUCCCUUCCACACCGACCGCCAAGUUAUGUCCCGCGUCGCCGCCGCCGGUCUGCUGGCCACCAUCGUCGCCAUGAUUGACCCCAAGGAGUUUAUCACGUCCAACUCGCACUACCUGCUGUACUUUAUCAUCACUGCUAUGCACCCGCGCUUCCUGGUGACGCUCGACGAAGAGCUCAAGCCCCUCAAAGUCAACGUUCGUGUGGGUCAGGCCGUCGAUGUCGUCGGCCAGGCCGGCCGGCCCAAGACGAUUACUGGCUGGCAGACACAGAGCACGCCAGUUCUCCUGGCGUACGGCGAGAGAGCAGAGCUGGAAGAUGAGCAGUACAUUAGCCUGAAUAGCACGCUCGAGGGUUUGGUGAUUCUGCGUAAGGUAAGAAACGAUAUUUUGAGUCUGAGAUGA